AGAGUCUUUCACCCGUUUUACCUAGUCUAAACUUCGCGAGUCAACCCCACUUGAUGGCUACCGAAUCCACACACAGAAAACACAACAAUCGAAUGGCAAUGACACAUCUCAAUCGACAACGAAAUGGCAAUAACCGUCGAGCGCAGGGGCCCACGAGGGGGUACUUUUUUACGAAGGUUACCACGACGGCGCGCCGCUGUCAGCAAAAGCAGCAGUGUUUCUCCAACUCGUCGGAAAGAAUCGGUACUACCCCUAAAAGUUUGCCUCGACAAGAGGAAUGGGAAAAGUGUCGCACUUUCGCGUCAGGGUUCAAGGAACGAUCUGAACUUCUCUUCCACAAGGACCCAAUGUAAUAUUUAUGUCGGAGAGAAUUUUUCAGUCUGUCUUCAGCAGUAUUUCAGCUUCGUGAAAUUGAUGGGAGAUAAUUCAGCAGGAGGCAUGAUUCAUAACAAUUUCUAUCCCCAUAAAAAGUUAAAAGAGAUGACGCUAUCAAUAGCUGCCAUACGGUUGGCAACAGUUCCAAACGCCGGGGGAAACUCCGUGGUGUCAGAAGUGCUCUCUUUCGAGCUGUUUCGGAGAUGUUUCAAUGCCAAACUGCUGAAGACCGAGAUGGAGGUUGACUACUUCCCUAUGGGCGGAUCAAUCACAGAUUAUGUGUGUGAUAUAUUCGGACACAAGGUGGGCGUGUCUGUUACCAGGGCAAUGAAGUAUCAUGGAGAAUACACAGAUGAAGAUGCUAACAGGCUAUUAACUAAGAAACUGAAAGGCGUCGUACAAUCAACCAAGAAUUCUAUGGAGAAAUGGGAGAAACAGAUUCUGCACGUGUGGACCACGAGCAAAGACACCGCCAACACAUUAACACGUGUUUAUCACACCCUGGAGACUGACAUCACUUCCAACACAGUCGUCAUGGUAACGGUUUCAACCAACGCGAAGUACAUAUUCAAAAACAGUUGACAUUUUAAGACAAUAGUCAUGUGAUUAAAACGGAGAUUACUGGACGCCCAAAUGUCUGGUACAUUUUUUAU